AUGAUGGCCAAGUAUUUCACAAAAUGGUUUUCCGAUCUUGAUUGGCGGCUACUUCUGUUAGUCAUCACUCCCCUCUUUUUUAUCGUCUUCCUCUCACUCUCAUCUUCUUCUUCUUACUCUCCCACCAAUUUCCCCCUCUCUCCGUUUGCUCCCAUUCGAUCUUUCCUUCGCGGCCGUGCCUUCCAGUUCCAGCAGCCGCCCCUCAACAUAACAACCCUAAACACUCUCAAUUCUACAACUAGUGAGUCCAAUCGGAAUGGGACCGACGAGUCGUUGAAGAAGCGCAAGGAUGACGAUUUGCAUCGGUCCAGAAUAGCCGUGUGUUUGGUUGGUGGGGCCCGGAGGUUCGAGCUCACGGGGCCGUCCAUUGUGGACAAGAUUCUAAACCAAUAUCCGAAUUCCGAUCUUUUUCUGCACAGCCCUAUGGACCCCAACGCCUUCAAGUUCUCGCUCCUCAAGGCCGCCCCUAGGAUCGCCUCCGUCAGAAUCUUCCACCCCAAACCCAUGCUCGAGACUGAGUUCCAGCUCCGAGUCCUAACCGCUCACAACUCGCCCAAUGGCAUUCAGGGCCUUUUGCAAUACUUCCACCUGGUGGAAGGCUGCCUAACUAUGAUCCAAGCAUACCAAACACAAAACAACUUCAUCUACGACUGGAUAGUCCGAACCCGAGUAGACGGCUACUGGAACGCCCCGCUCCACCCUAAACACUUUGUGCGGGGACAGUACCUGGUCCCUCCGGGCUCCAGCUUCGGCGGACUCAACGACCGCUUCGGAGUUGGCGACCUCAACAGCUCCAUAGUCGCCCUGUCGCGCCUCUCCCUCAUUCCCAAACUUGACGGGGGUGGGUUCCGCCAGCUCAACUCGGAAACCGCCUUCAAGGCCCAACUCACCACCCAAGGGGUGCGAUACGUCACUAAACAACUCCCCUUUUGUAUCGUAACGGACCGCCAAUACGGCUUCCCACCAAGCCGUUUCGGAGUGCCAGUGGCGUCGCUGUCAAGCCCAGGCCCAUUGAGCGGGGCCAAGUGCAGGCCCUGCAGGCCUGUGUGCCAAGGCCCCUGCGUAGCGGAUGUGAUGCUUAGCCUGCAGAGAGGGUGGAGCUGGACCCCCUGGGCCAACGGCACGCUCCAGCUUUGUGAUGCCCAUGGCGCAUGGGAAAAGGGUUGGCAGACCACAUUUGACCGAGUUGCUGGCCGGAAAUUAGCUGCCGAGCGAAAGCGAGUUUUGGGGUUGACGGUGAAGCAGUGCAUUGAUGAUUUCAACCAAAUGAAAAACAAAACUGCCAACUGGGAGGCACCGCCAGUGGACGAGAUUUGUAGCAUUGGGGUGCUUGCGCCACCCCACUGA